AACCGAGACUUCACACAGACUCGGAGCAUUUCCUCCGUGCACGAGCGCAGCGAGUCGCGAGCCCUUUCGUCGUUUGCGUUUGUCCGGACAGUGAAGUGUUUUCCCCGUGUAUGAUCCUUGUUCGUGAAUUUUUAAUUUUUCACUUCUAUCGUUAAGAAGUGAAAAUAUUUCGAAACGAUAUCACUAGCUUCUUCCUCCGGGAUUAUUAUUCCCGGCGAACUGAACUUCGGCCAGCUUGAGGAUGGACCGCGCGGUUAAGAGGAUGGCGUCCGCAUGGAUUUUCGCAUGCUGCGUUUGGAUCCAGCUCUCAUUAGAUGUGCUGGCUGUUGAAACGGAAAUGGAGUCACGAUUUGAGCAUUGCUGCGGACUCGGAUCCUCUUGGGCUGGCGAAGGACUAAAAUGUGAAACAUUCACCGGACCCGUUGCCGGAGUGGCAGCCGUCGAACAAGGACUCUGCCUCUCGGCCGUAGACAUUUGCUGUAUACGCGCGUAUCACGAGAAGCAAUGCGAACUUGGCAAGAGUGAGGCUCGCGCCGGAUUGGCCUGCGUCGGGAAUUCGAAUCUUGGAGGAGAUUACCACAGAGACUGCUGCGAGGGCUGUAAGCUAGGUAUCCUUACCGGGUCAAUGGGUCAGGGAUGUGCGUUCAAAAAGUUCGCAUUUGGCAAACCGUGGGAUCCAGCGUUCCUUGAAUGCUGCCACGAGGCGUUGCCAAGCACCACAGAGCCCCUCACGAUGCCGGGAUCAAGUACCGUCUCAUUCGAUCCGACGAGCAAAUCGACGAUGAUGACAUCCAGCGAUGCUCCUUAUUCCAGUCCUUCGGUCGCGGUACCAACUGCGGAUAUAGACGACAUUUGUAUCUUGAUGAAGGGCCUACUGUGCUCCGACAUUUGCAUCACGACACCAGGCUCCUACAAGUGUGCAUGUCGCGAAGGUUUCACUCUGUUGGAGGAUGGCAAAACAUGCAGACAAGACUCCCCCACUGAUAGGUGCAAAGUGAACAACCCGUGCGAGCACCGCUGCACUGAUACCGGCGAGGCGAUUCUCUGCAGCUGCAAUCCAGGGUAUGUUCUAGCGAAUGACAAGCACUCGUGUCAAAUCAAACAAGCUGACACUACACCUCAGACCGAAGACAACGAAUCACAGUAUAAGUGUCCAGUCGGAUACCAGUACAAAUCAUCUAAACACGUUUGCGACGAUGUUGAUGAGUGUGAGCAAAAUUUGUGCCCCGGUGAAUGCAAGAACACUAUAGGAUCCUAUAAGUGUCUUUCCGGACCGCCGAAGAACGAUCUAUACGAGGCCUGUCCACCUGGCUACGUCUGGGAAACCGAGGAAGCUCUCUGCGUCGAUAUUGACGAGUGUUUCGAACUUCCGGAAGCAUGCAACAAAGAAACCCACGUGUGCGUAAACACCCAAGGGAGUUUUACGUGUCACGAGCUAACUGGCACUGGUCCAAGAUCUUGCCCUGCCGGUUUUAAGUUCGAUACAAAAGAGAGCCUCUGCAAAGACGUCGACGAGUGUACCGAGGGCAUUGACGGUUGUCUGAAAGAAACUGAAGAGUGCCGGAAUACUGAUGGAGGGUACGAGUGUGACAUCAAAUGUGCACCAGGAUUUACAUUCGGCAGUAAUAUCGGUAGCUGCAUCGAUAUUGACGAGUGCGCGAAUAAUGAGUCACAGCUUUGCCCAACGCCCGGAUCGAGGUGCGUCAAUACCGUUGGUGGCUACGAGUGCGUGAAUCCUGGACUCGUUGAUUCCAUACCGAAAACGGGACAAGGUUGUAUAGCGGGUUACAAGACAACUGGAGACCCGACACAACCAUGUGUAGAUGUCGAUGAAUGUAUGGAAGGUCUGCAUUCCUGUAACGAAAAUUUUGAGAAGUGUAUUAACGAAGUUGGUAGCUACAGAUGCGACCCAACUUCAGAGUCACAGAACGAGACUGACAUUUCUGAAGAGGAUUUUGAUGAGUCCUCAUAUACCGAAUUCCCUGUACAUCAGGGCACGGCUAGAAAAUCGUGCGUGAACCCGGAAGAUUGCGGUUUGCCAGCCUCGGGUUACAGUAAACCGGAAAUUCUGGACGAACCUGAGGAUGUAUCUAAAGCAGAGCCAACAUGCCUUCCAGGAUACCAAUACAACUACGUCACUGACAGAUGCAACGAUAUCGAUGAGUGUUCGACAAAUCAGCACAACUGCACAGGGCCUUUAUUAGAGUGCGUUAAUCUGCCAGCAACCUAUCGAUGCGACUGUCGAGCUGGAUAUGAGUUGAACAUCACAACAUUCCAGUGUCAAGACAUUGAUGAGUGUGCAAGAGGAUUGACCAAAUGUAGCAGCGGCGAGAGAUGUAUAAACUCUGUCGGGGGUCACCAGUGCGCUCCCGCUUGUCAGCUAGGAUUUCAACCACAUCCAACGGACGAGUCUCUCUGUCAGGACGUCGACGAGUGCGAGCUUGGCAUCCAUUCCUGUCCACCGCACACUCACGUUUGCGUAAACACGAACGGAUCUCACGUGUGCGACAUUGCUCCACCAUGCAACACGGGAUACAAGCGGGACGAGGCCUCGGGUGAAUGCAUCGACAUCGACGAGUGCAGUCAGGGUCCUGGUUGCCGGGAGCAUGAACGAUGCGUCAACAUUCCGGGAAGCUACGACUGCGUCUCCUUGUGCCAUUCCGGAUGGCUCUACAACCCGUUGAUAAAGAACUGCCAGGACGUCGACGAGUGUCUGCUGGGUCGUCACAACUGUCCGCAGGAUACUCACUCCUGCAGGAACAUCGAGGGGUCCUUCGUCUGUGAUCCGAUACCGCCGUGCGCCAACGGCUUUUGGCGUUUGCCGAAUGGAGAGUGUGCCGACAUUGACGAGUGUACCGAAAAUGUUCACAACUGCUUGAUCGCGCAGCAUCAGUACUGCGUCAAUCGGGUUGGCAGCUUCGAAUGCAUAACUCGGUUCCCGGCCUGCGACAGAGGCUACGAGUUCUCUCUGACCUCUGGACAGUGCCAAGACAUCGAUGAAUGCGGGAGCAACCAGCACAGCUGUGACUUCGAAAAGAGGGAGAGGUGCGUCAAUCUUCCGGGUACUUACAGAUGCGAGAGACCCACUCGUCAGAGGACUCGACAGCAGCAACGGACGUGCCCUUCCGGAUACAGAUACGAUAAUCAGUGGAGGCGCUGCUUAGAUAUCGACGAAUGCACGGAGGGCACUCACACUUGCGGCAGCGGGCAAUGCUUCAAUCAGCCGGGUAGCUACACUUGCGCCAGAGCCCCGACUCCGAUCCCGCGUUCUUCGUCGCACAGAUGCGGCCCCGGAGCCAGAUACACGCGGCUCGGUUGCGAGGACAUCGACGAGUGUUCAGAGGUCGAAGAUGCAUGCACGAGCACCGAGGACUGCGCAAACACGCCAGGCAGCUUCAUGUGCACUUGCAAGCGGGGCUUCAACCGCGAUAACGUGACUCAGGCCUGCGUCGACAUAAACGAGUGCCAGAUCCAAAAGCACAACUGCCUGCAGUCCCAGCGCUGCGACAACACCAUCGGAAGCUUCACCUGCGUCAGGUACCUCAACUGUGGCACCGGUUACACGUUGAACGCCGCAUCCGAGAUAUGCGAGGACGACGACGAGUGCAUGCUCGGCACCCACGACUGCGCUCCGGGGUACCGGUGCAGAAACACCCUCGGUUCCUAUCGUUGCGACAGACUCCCAAGGCAGAGCAGCAGCAGCACCAGCACCGUGUCGUCCGCCAGGUUCUACUCCAUCCCCAUCACCACCACUCACGAGCCAUUUUACAUCAGAAUUCCAAGCACCACUAGACCGACAAUUUCCAUCUCAUGUCCCCCGGGCUACAGACCCUUCGGGGGCCAAUGUGUCGACGAAGAUGAGUGCGAACGCUUCCCGGCACCAUGUAGUCACACACAGCGCUGUGUCAAUACCGUCGGGUCGUACAGGUGCAUGCCAUUGAUGAUUUGCAGAGCCGGUUACAAGCUGGACCAGACCGAGUCGAAGUGUCUCGAUAUAGACGAGUGCGUUGAGAGAUCCCACGAUUGUGGUCCUCAGCAAACUUGCGAGAAUCGCCCCGGAGGGUACAUGUGCUCUUGCCCGCCUGGACACAAGCUCGGAUCGAACAAGGACUGCGUUGACAUCAACGAGUGCGAGUUGUUUGCGGGCCAAAUCUGCUCUUCGAACAGCAAGUGCUUAAACACAGUUGGCUCUUACCGGUGCAUUUGCGAUACAGGGUUUGAAAACGUCGGCGACACCGCCUGCCAGGACAUCGACGAGUGCAAACAGUCGUCCCGCAUUUGUCAACACAAGUGCAUCAACACCUGGGGAUCGUACACGUGCACGUGUAACCCUGGGUACAGAAUCAAUUUGGAUAACAGGUCGUGCUCCGACAUUGACGAGUGCCUUGAGUUCAAGGAAAACAACUUGUGUGUUGGAAUAUGCCAAAAUAAUCCAGGAAGCUACAGCUGCCAAUGUCCCAGAGGCUAUCACCUCGGGUCAGACGGACGGACCUGCCAAGACAUCGACGAGUGUGAAACCGGAAAUGUGUGCAGAGACCCGGAAGAGAUGUGCCAAAAUACUCGUGGCCAUUACCGAUGCAAUAGAAUAAAUUGUCCGCCUGGCUAUUACAGAGACUUGCACAGAAAGAACCGAUGCCUAAGGACUUCACGGUAUUGUCAAACAGGUGACAUGGCGUGCUUGCAUUCGCCGUCUCACUUCUCGUACAACUUCAUGUCGUUCGUCAGCAUGUUGCCUAUACCGCAAUCGGGACAGAUAGAAUUAUUCACCAUGAGAGGAACGGGACAAUCCGCGUCGUCCGUUGACUUCCGUAUGGAACUCGUCAAUGCACAAGCACCGCCCGGUGUUCAACGUGCUACUGAAAGCUGCUUUAGGCUGAGACGACCUGCCCUUACUGAGGCGAUAAUAGUGCUGACACAGAGUAUCCAAGGGCCUCAGGAGAUCGAACUUAAUCUUACCAUGGAAAUAUACAGUGGCCGACAAUUCGCCGGAAGUGCGGUGGUUAAACUAUUCAUCUUCGUUUCGGAGUAUGAAUUUUAGAGAUAUAUUAUAUAAUGUAAUAUGCCUGUAUCCGAAUGUGCAAUUGUGUUCUUUCGCUAUUCUUGACGACUUAUUCAUGGUUAUUAAUUCCUCACGGAGAUUUGACGAUUCAAUAAGAUAAAUAUAAGACAAAACGACUCAAAUCAUAAAGUGUGGUUUAUGAGGCAGCGUUUAAAGUUAAUUCGCAGUGGACUGGCCACGAUUUUGUAUACUUCAAAGUUCUACUUCGGCCACCUUCUUCAAAAUGUAUUUCACCAACACAGCCCGCGUGGCGAGGACGAAAAAUCGUGCAGAAUCUAAUGUAUAAUUAACUUUUGAUUUUACCUUGCUCAAUUCGCUUUCUGAUGGUUAAAAUAAUUUCGUUGGUUAGGUAGAUUAAAUGUCUUCAAAGUCCACUUAAAAAU